CGCCCGCUGAAUCGUGUGAGAUCUACGUUAGCGGCAUUGCUUUGCUAGUACUUUUGCAGCUGUUUAUUUGCCUUUUCUAAAAAAAUGUCACGGGUUUUAAUAGUUGGCGCUGGACUUACAGGCAGUAUAUGUGCUUGUCUGCUGCGGAGGGAGCUGCCAAACACAUUCAACAUAGUCGUGUGGGACAAAUCUCGGGGUGCAGGUGGGAGAAUGUCCACAAGCAGAAGUCCGAGCAAUCCUAAAUGCACGGUUGAUCUUGGUGCCCAGUACAUCAGUGCCACACCAUACUAUGCCCGUAUUCACAGCAGUUUUUAUGAAGAACUAUUGGCACAAGACCUUUUAAAGCCUCUCGCUGAACCUGUUGAAGGGAUGACGUAUAAAGAAGAUGGAAUUCUGAACUAUGUGACGCCCAGUGGCGUCUCUUCCAUUAUCAAACACUACCUCAAUAUGUCAGCAGGAGCAGAGGUGCUCCACAACCGACAGGUCACGCACAUAUACCGGAAAGAUGCUGGCUGGGAAGUUUGUCACAAAGAGGGAGCUCCAGAACGGUUUGACAUAGUGGUCCUAACCAUGCCAGUACCACAAAUACUUCAGCUGCAAGGAGAUGUGGGAUCUUUGAUGGGGGAGAACCAGUUGAAGGAGCUAAGAGCUGUCAGCUACUCUUCCCGCUACGCACUUGGACUCUUCUACAAAGCCGGCGAGCGGAUCGACGUCCCCUGGGUGGCCAAGUACUUCUCCAAUAAUCCCUGCAUUCGCUUCAUUGCCAUAGACGAUAAAAAGCGCAAUUUAGUGUCGAAUGACUUCGGGCACUCUGUGGUGGUCCACACCAGUGUUCCCUUUGGAGUCCAGCACCUUGAGAAGGAGAAAGAUGUGGUGCAGAACAUCAUCCUUGAAGAGCUGGAGAAGGUGAUGCCAGGGCUUCCUCAACCUGACAGUAUCAAGUGUCAGAAGUGGAGAUAUUCCCAGGUGACAAGAUCAGUGGUGGAUUGCCCAGGGCAAAUGACAUUACUCUCCCAACCUUUGCUGGUGUGUGGGGGUGAUGGCUUCACACACUCCAAUUUCGACGGCUGCGUCGAAUCCGCCCUGAAGGUCUUUGAGGUUUUGAAGUCUUCUCUUUGAAAGGGGGUUUGAAAAGAAAGCCUACAUUUUGGGUUUUCGUUAUGGAUGCCAGCAUUGAUUUUAGAUUUGAGCCCCUCCCGGCAGGAAGAUGGAUGUGCAGCACAGAGCACGAAGAGAACUGUCUCGCUGGUGUCUGCAGACACGCAUUUUGUUACAAAAACCAAUUAUACCGUCUGGGCCGGAUGCUGAGGAUUAGAGGAGGACAAAGAGAAGAGCGCAGACUGAUGCCUCGUACUGAACCUGCAGACGGCACAAUGCAGCAGUCGGUCUACUAAAGUCAAGCAAAUGUUAUCUGUUUUCAGUGUUCUCUUAUAAAUAAAACAAUAAGAACAUGCUUAA